AUGUAUGUCGUAUAAUGUACUAAUGCAUGUGCAUAUGUACAGGGUGUACGCGUAUUGAGAUUUCCUGUUUAAAAAAUGGGUUCAAAGAGAGUAGAAUUGUACGAUAUUUCUGCGAAAGACAGAGAAGUACUAGAAUGGCAAGCUGCAAGAAGAAAACAAUUGCGCGAAUCCUAUUUGAAACAAGUCCAUAAUCCAGUAAAUCAAAAACUUGUUAUGGACCCAGGGAUACAUAGAUAUAGUUACGUGAGACAAUACUAUCAUUUACUUGAUAGAAUAAAUCUAAGAAAUUUUACAAUUGGUACAUUACUGCUGAUGUUUACCAUGUGGGCUACUCGUAAUACAAUAGUGCAAGAGCAGGAUGAGACAAGAAAGAAAUUGUGGACCGGGCAAACGAAAUAUGCUGAUGUGGUUUAUAAAUUUAGAAUAUAAUAAUAAUAAAUGUAGAAUAAAUCGUUUAUCGUAGUAUGUAUCUAGAAAAAUACAUGCAAUAAAAUUGUUAUUCUACAAAUCCAA